AUGCCAACAUUGCGAGCACUUUAUUUGGGGGAUAAUGAUUUUGAAGGGUUUCCUGAAGAUGUUGGACAUUUGGGUAAUCGCCUUCAAGUAAUUCCUCCAGAAUUGGGGGCUUUAGAUUUAAUUGACCCAAAUGAUGAAAAUGCUAAAACUCUUCGUGUUGAAAAUAAUCCAUGGAUUUUGCCUUUAAAAGAAGUUUUGAUGCGUGGGGCACAGAAUGGAGAUUGGUUUAGUGGAGUUGAAGCUUUUUGGAAUUAUAUUCGUUCUGACAAUUAUCGACGUCUUUAUGAAAGCCAUCCUGUGGGUAUUGGUUCUCCUCCUCCAAAACGUUCCAAAGAAAAGAAAAUUAGCCGUUCUGGAAAGGGAGGAGAUGUACAUUCACGUGGACAAAGUAAAGAACGAUAA